CACACUUCCGGCUCACUGCAUAUCGGCAUGAGGCUCCCUGAAAAGGCCCUUUUCCGUCUCUGAGAAGUGUGGUGCAGAACGGCAUACACAAAAUGACUGAGUCCUGGGAGACUGCCCCGGCAGUUGCCGAGAGCCCUGAAAUUAAGCUCUUCGGGAAAUGGAGCACCGAUGAUGUCCAGAUCAACGACAUCUCCCUGCAGGAUUACAUUGCAGUGAAAGAGAAGUACGCCAAGUACCUCCCUCACUCUGGGGGGCGCUACGCCGCCAAGCGCUUCCGCAAGGCCCAGUGCCCCAUCGUGGAGCGUCUCACCAACUCCAUGAUGAUGCACGGACGCAACAACGGCAAGAAGCUGAUGACGGUGCGCAUCGUCAAGCACGCCUUCGAGAUCAUCCACCUGCUGACUGGAGAGAACCCCCUGCAGGUGCUGGUCAACGCCAUCAUCAACAGCGGCCCCCGGGAGGACUCCACCCGUAUCGGUCGUGCCGGCACAGUCAGGAGGCAGGCCGUGGAUGUGUCCCCUCUGCGUCGAGUCAACCAGGCCAUCUGGCUGCUGUGCACGGGAGCGAGAGAGGCAGCUUUCAGGAACAUCAAGACCAUCGCUGAGUGCCUGGCUGAUGAGCUGAUCAACGCGGCUAAGGGUUCAUCCAACUCUUACGCCAUCAAGAAGAAGGAUGAGCUGGAGAGAGUGGCCAAGUCCAACCGUUAAAAAUGUUUGUUGCUUUCUAAAAAAAAAAACGAAAUAAAUUUGAAGAAACUCA